UCUCACUGCCAGCCGAGGGGAUAAUGCUGAACGAAAGUGACUGGCCAGCUCCUGAGAUUAAUGCACACCCGCUACUCGCAUAUUGUUUUCUAUGCACCUUCGAUAAUGGAAGGACCUGUAUGAAGACACGCACGGGUUUAUUUUCCACAUAUUUAUUUGUUAUUUUCAAUUUAUUAUAGCUGGGAACUCAUUUGAUUGUCUUAUUUAUUAUCUGCUAUUCUUUUUUGUUUAAUCUCUCGGUUCAAUUCGAGUUGCCAUGGCAGAAAAGAUCCCAACGGGGAUGGCAAAGAAAACAUCCCAAUCCACAGCUUCCCUUCCCCCGGAGCCCAUGGAGAUCAUCAGGAAAAAGACUUGCUCCAGGAGGGUUAAAAUCAACGUUGGGGGACUUAACCACGAAGUCUUGUGGAGGACACUGGAAAGGUUACCCCGGACUCGGUUGGGGAAACUGAGGGAUUGCAACACUCACGAAUCCCUGUUGGAGACCUGCGACGAUUAUACCCUCGAUGAAAACGAGUACUUUUUUGAUCGCCACCCUGGGGCUUUCACGUCGAUUUUGAAUUUCUACCGAACCGGGAAACUGCACAUGAUGGAAGAAAUGUGUGCUCUCUCGUUCGGCCAGGAGCUCGAUUACUGGGGCAUAGAUGAGAUCUAUCUGGAGUCCUGCUGCCAAGCCAGGUACCACCAGAAAAAGGAGCAAAUGAACGAGGAACUGAGGCGCGAGGCUGAAACCAUGAAAGAGCGAGAAUGCGAGGAGUUUGACAACUCGUGCUGUCCCGAUAAAAGGAAGAAGUUGUGGGAUCUGCUGGAAAAGCCCGGCUCCUCAGUGGCGGCCAAGAUUUUGGCCAUCAUAUCCAUCUUGUUCAUUGUGUUGUCAACUAUUGCCUUGUCUCUCAACACUCUUCCUGAACUUCAGGGCACGGAUGAGUUUGGACACGCCAAUGACAAUCCACAACUUGCCCACGUUGAAGCAGUCUGCAUCGCAUGGUUCACUAUGGAGUACCUUUUACGUUUCUUAUCAUCGCCAAAUAAAUGGAAAUUUUUUAAAGGCCCAUUGAAUGUAAUUGAUCUUUUGGCCAUCUUGCCAUAUUAUAUCACUAUUUUUCUCACAGAGUCAAACAAGAGUGUGCUCCAAUUCCAAAAUGUUAGACGAGUUGUUCAAAUAUUCCGUAUUAUGAGGAUACUGAGAAUUCUUAAACUAGCCCGACAUUCAACAGGACUACAGUCACUGGGAUUUACUCUCCGACGGAGCUAUAAUGAAUUAGGUUUGCUCAUAUUGUUUUUGGCAAUGGGCAUUAUGAUAUUUUCAAGCUUGGUGUUUUUUGCUGAAAAAGAUGAAGACGCAACAAAGUUUACAAGUAUUCCUGCAUCUUUCUGGUGGGCGACUAUCACUAUGACAACAGUGGGAUAUGGGGACAUUUAUCCCAAAACACUAUUAGGCAAAAUAGUUGGAGGACUUUGUUGCAUUGCUGGAGUGUUGGUAAUAGCUCUGCCCAUACCAAUCAUCGUAAACAAUUUCUCAGAGUUUUACAAAGAACAGAAAAGGCAAGAGAAAGCAAUUAAGAGAAGAGAAGCCCUUGAGAGAGCCAAAAGAAAUGGAAGUAUUAUUUCCAUGAACUUGAAAGAUGCAUUUGCUCGCAACAUGGAACUCAUGGAUGUUGUGGUUGAUAAAGGGGUUGAUAGUUUGAUUAAACAAGAAAAACACGUGGACAAUCAUCUUUCACCAAGCAACUGGAAGUGGGCGAUGUCUGAAACUAGCUCCAAUAAAUCUUAUGAGUCUAAAUACCAGGAACUAAGCCAGCAUACAUCAAGUGAGCGGUUGAAUAACCCCACCCCCAGCCCACAACAUCUGAAUGCUCAAAAGCUGGAACAAAUAUACAAUCAAAUGACAAAGACACAAUCUCAGCCAAAUCUUACCAAUGACAAGCCAGAACAAUCUAUUCAAUCUCCUGCACGUGAAGAAGAACUUGAAAUGGAAGUGGUUCCUAGCUCAACUGACCCAUUGCUCACUGCUCCCACAGAACCAAUUAUGGACAUGAGGAGCAUAUCUAGCAUUGAUAGCUUUGCUAGUUGUACCGCUGACUUCACUGAAGCUGAUAGGUUUCCACACCCUUCAAAAUUACCUGAACAAGCUCAUCGGAGCUGGAUUUCUGCCACUGGUCCUCUCAGUGAGUAUCAGACUGGCGAAAACUCCAAAUUCAAAGAUAGUUCUGGUGAAGACAACAAAAGUUUUUGCUUCGAGCAGCCAGUAUCCUCCACCUUAAACAACACAGUGGAAAGUCCAAAGAGCUCACUGAAGGGCAGGAACCCUUUGAAAUCUAGAUCACUUAAAGUUAAUUUUAUAGAAAUUAAAAGUGACGCUCCUCAAACACCACCGCCUGUGAUAGUGACGGACGUAUCAGUAUCUGCACCUAAACAUAUUAGCAUAAUUCUGCUGGAAGAACACACUCCCCAGGAUGACAGUCUCCCUAUGAUUACUGAUAUGGCAUCUUUCCACCAGAUGUCUAGUCAAGGAUCACCACAAGUAUUGGGUAAACAAAGACUUUUUGCAUUCCAAACAACAGGGAAAAAGAGUUGCAUUGACAUAGACAGUGGUGAAGAUGAAGAAUUACUGGUGGAAGAAAAGACUCAGCUUUAUAAUCAGCAGGAAUGUAGACAGAACUACUCUUCUGCAGAGCAUGAUAAGCACAGCCACAAUGAAAACCACAUUGAAGAUGUGUCUGUAGUGGGCGCUGUAACUCCAAAACAUACCGGUCCAAACUGCACAUCUAGUGUAGCAGGAGACAGCAAAGACAGUAUUCAGGCUGGAUACAAGAUGGAAAAUCAUAUGUUUACACCAGAAAUUCAUGUUAAACCUGGGGAAGCAGGUUAUUCAUCCUCUUGUGAAACCAGCAUGUGACUAUGGAGAAAGUGAAAAUAAUUUUUCUGGUUCUUUAGAAUUCUAAUAAGAAAAUGAAAUGGCAUAAUUUAUGCGUAAGGUAUUUUUGCAUGGCAUGAUGAAUCUUUUAAACCAGCUGCUGUUUGACCCAAACAGUCAGAGAGUACAUCUCUGUGGAUGAUGAAUAUGAGAAUAACAGGAAAAACUAAGAGUUCCAAAUGGAGCACAUGUAUUAUAUAGUUUGGAGAUGUUAUCACCUUUUCGCUAAUGAGACUAGAAUCCUUUUAUGCUACCAUAAAUUAAUUACACUAGAAUAUUUUAGGAUUUGCACAAAGGGAGGGCAGGCUGUACAUGCAUGCAUUAGGAACCAAUGUAAAACAGAGGUGCUUAGAGCCUGUAAAAUAUAAUUUGUUGUAAAUAGUUGGGAAUAUGCCAAGAAUUCAUGAAAUCAAGCAAUUACAGAUAAGUUAUUCUGAUGCACACGUUUCCCCUUCACGGCACACUACCUGGAGGAUGUUUAUAAAGUCUUGUUGCAAAGUUGCAACCAGUAAUGAGAAAUAACAAUUAUAUCAACCUGGAAUUUCCUCCAGAUUUGUGACUGGAUACAUGUGAAAUCUGGGUACAAAUAAAAUGAAUAGCAAAAAAGGUCACUUUUAACAAAUAGCCGAUGCUUACAAAUCCAAUACAUCAAAGAGUCUGCAAUCUUUUAAAUGAAUCUACUGAAACCCACAUCCUUCAGCAAGUUUUCCUCUAUAAAUCUGCUUGUGUGCCCAGCGCCAAGGAAGUAAGUUUCCUCCAGUUCAGGGGUAAGAUGAUUCACCACAAAAUGGCCAGAUUCUCAAAUAUGCACGCACCAAUGGUCACAUGAAUCGAGCAAAACCAUUGGACAUUCUUGGACAUGCCCAACCACUACAGAUUUAAUACACCUUUAUGAAAAUGUGAAGGAUGACUCAUUUUCUCUGCAAGGAGAGUAUAGUUCAAAAUAUUUCAUAUUCUGCUAAGAAACCGACAGAGAACUAAUUGCUGCUUGCUAUGGAGUGUCCAAGGGGGAAAAUCUCUUCCUCUUUUUACAAUAUAUCAUCCACGCCCAUGUCACAAGACCAUAAUGGUUCUAAACUAUAUAUUAGGUUAGAAUGGUUGACUGUGUUGAAUUUUUGAAAAUUUACAUUUGGGCUUAAUUAGCUUCAGUCAACACUUAGGAUCAUUUACAGUUUGGUCUGAUGGGGGAGCAUGCGAUCACUUUGGACUUACCGGUAAUUACCCUUUUAUAUUCAUGGAGGAAAUUCCAGAACAUGAUUUCAUUCUAUUCUGAUUGUGUAAAUGUUCAUUAAAAAUGGGGCAGAAACUAUUUUACUUGGGCGAUAUUUAUUUGUAAUAAAAAUAUUAAGUUAAGAUUUGCACAAAUCUGUUAGUUACUAUAUUUUUGUUAAAUCUUAGUUUUGAAAGAAUGGGGAAGAUUUAAUGACCAGGAAUCAAAAUGUGCAGCAUUGGACUCUCACAAAUUUAUCUUAUAUUAAUACUUGCCAAAUAGUCAUUAUAAAUGGAUAAACUGUAUUUUUCUUGUCAGAAUUCUAUUUUUAUGGGUUAUUCAAAUAAUAUAUUUGUGUACUUUGGAGAUCCCGAGACUACCAUUAACAGUUUUCAAGGGAAUGAUCAUGCUACGUUGCCCUUCUAAACCUAGCUGACUCCCGUUUUAAUGUUACGUGUUGGUUUAUGUACAUUCUUAUCCAUCACUAGAUAAAUAAUUUAACAUAUUUGCAAUUCCUCAAAAUUAAUGACUGAUCAGAAUUCAAACUACCGACAUGUGGAAAAUUUCCAAAGGAACCAUCUGACAGUUUAUUCUUGAGAUUCCUGAUAUAUGGUCAUUAAUUCUCAUUAAAGGGAGAAAUUUCCUCUCUGCCAUAUGUGUAACAAAGCUGUAAAGCUGUUCAUAAUACUAAAGUUUGCAAUUUGUUUUUACAUAUAAUGCGCAGAGUAAACUUCCCCACAGAUUGUUUUCUUGUUGCUGUACACAUACUAUAACUGCUAAUAUGUAAAGUUUCACAUAUACCAUUUGCACUUUAAUGUCAUCGUUUCAUGGUGUACUGUGAAUGAUUUCUGUACUACAGGGUACUAAUUCAUUAACAAAUAAGUACUGAAAGUAUAUCUAUAGGUUAGUUUUAAUUGGUCAGUUUUAUUUUGAGCAUUGAUAAGAUGAUUUUCUGAUGAACUAAACUAAUCCCAUUGUAUAUCUAAAUUGUUAAAUGAUUUUCUGUACAUGUAAGUAUGUUCUAACAUAUUGGGACCAUAAUAGAAUGUGUUUAACCUGUCUUUUGAGUUUGAUAUCUUAUUUGUGGAAGUAAUAUCAUGUUUCUUUUCACCAAGUAAAUAAUAUCAUUUUUGCUUCAUUAUUAUUAAACAACAUGGCAAAAUAUAUUUUAUAGGAUCCAAAAUAAAUCUUUACAUUUGACACCAUCUUGAUGCUGGCUAUGCCAAGCAGAUUGCUGUGAAGGCUUGAGUGCUAUAGAAACAUAGAAACAUAGAAAAUAGGUG